CCGGAAUAGCGGGUAAGAAACGCUCGCAGAAAGUGACGCUCACUCUCUCCGGUUUGUGGUGACAUUCAGACCAGAGUUCCCAAACCAUGGCCGCCAAACAACCCGUCACCAUUCUCGUGCCGUUCUGUUACAGGGCUAUAGACUACAGCACGACAGAAAACCUGCUCCGUACGUGUGAGGGGAUCCCCGUGGGGAAAGUCAUCUUCAGCUAUCUAGAGGGGGCUGAAAGUCUCUUGGACUACUUCUACCGACUGAAAGACUUUGUUAUCGACAAUGACGUGGAUGUAGUUCUGGCGCUCUCCGACAUUGCCACGCUCGUGCAGUCGGCUCUGGUACGAGAGUUCCCGAGUAGACUCGAAGGGCCGAGUGUGGAGUCGUCGUUCCUCGCCUAUCACAAGGUCUACACCAGCCAGUAUCUGGACCCGGACACCGAUCCUUCUUCUCACGGCGUCUUGGACUUGGACUCAAAGACCCUUCUUAAAGAUGCUGAUGUUCUAUUAAAGAGACUGAAACUUCCUGCAUUUGCAAAGGUUCCUUGUGGAGAUGCCUCCCAGGGGGUUUGGAAGAUCAGCAGCUCCGGUCAGCUGACUGAUGUCCUGGGAGCUGUGGGACAGUUAAACGAAAGGCACUACUCUCAGAACGAACACAUCAGCAGCGCCACGUUCAUGCGUGACUUCCUACAGAAGGUGCUGGAUGUGGACCACUACCCAAUGGUUCUGAGGGACACCAUUAUAGUGGAGCCGUACAUAGACGCGCCAGCAAAGGUGUGUGUGGAUGGAUGUGUCUACAACAAAGAGAUCCUCCACUGGGCCAUCUCUGACAGCCUCCACUGGCCGGGACAGGACAUCCCCUUCCAGGGAAGCUACAUGCCCUCUACCCUCUCAGAUACGAUCCAGCGGAGACUGUGGGGCGGUUUUGACAAAGUAGUGGGCAGGAUGGUGGACCACGGCUUCAACAACCAGUUCGUACACGUGGAGUAUUUCAUCCUGGCAGACGGGCAGAUCAAGCUGAUCGAGGUGAAUGCCCGGAUGUCCGGGAAUCUGAGCGGCCUGUACGCUGCCUGCCUGUCGGGACCGCCGCCGCUGCAGGCGCUCCUCGGGCUGUGCUGCGGGGUCCGUCCCGCCCUGCCUGCACCCACGGGCCGGGCCGCUCUCAACCUGCCUCUCCAAGUCCACGACAACUACACGGGGAAGGUCCGAGACAUGGUCAACCUGUCCGAGGUAGAAAUCUUAAAGGGAGACUCUGACGUCAAGAUUACUUGGAUCAUGGCAUUCGAUGAUGAGUUUCUCCCUGGUAAGGUAGAGUUCGCGAAGAUUUGGACGUACGGAAAGACGCCUGACGACGCCAAGAAAAAGUGCAGGGAAGUGACACGGCGACUGGUGAAGAAACAAGAGCAGUUGAAAUUUAACUUCCACUAGUCUCAUAGCUUUUGCAAUGUGAAAAAUAAUUGGAUUAAGCGGCUACAACUUAGGGCUGAAUUUUAAUUUAUGACACGAAUGCAUGUUUAUGAACACCCCUUUUAAUGAAUUCUAUCAUGAUACGAGUAUAAAUAACUUUAAUGCACAACCAUUGUACAGGGUACAAAUUAUGGAAUCUACCGGUACAUGACUACAGUUCUAUAAGGCUAAACAAGAGUUUGUAGUAUGGAAUUAGUAAGGGCCCAUACAGUCAUUGGAGGAAUUUCUAACGCCUAGACCAUCUUUGAUAUAUUUUGCUAUGUAUGCCAUGUAACGUUAGGGUUAUCACAUGUCAUCAUGUACUAAAUCACGCUCCCAGCAGCCAUCCGACUGACCGGCUGACUAGCUGAACUACUGCAGCAGGCAGCGUGAAAUCGUGUGACACAGGAUAGAAUAGUAACGUUACGCAUAUAGAAAACUGAAAAUCGAAGAUAACGCUUUGUAUGUUUGUGCACUAUCUUACACAACUUUUUACAAAUGGUGGCUUCAUUCUAGCCUCCAUAGCAGGUUCUCUAUGGCCUUUUUUGGCUCAUAGUGCACUUUUGCUGGCCAUUUCUUUUUGUACUGGGUCGCUGAUUGCUGGCCUUUUCUGACAGCCGGCUGUCAUGCAUCGAUAUACACCAAAGACUAAGUUCUUAUCUUUCGGUAAUGCCACACUGAUUGGAUAUGGAUGACAUUAUCUGGCCACUCCAAAACUAAUGCGAGAAAAAUUGGGCAAAACGUUGCCUUCAUUGUGAGAUAUAUAUAUAUAUAUAUAUAUAACUGGUCAGGGAGGUUGAACAAAUGACUGAACACACAGAGCACGAUAUACCAAUCUGUAGAUCAUUUAGCUUUAUCGUUUCACACUUUGUUUUUUGGAAGACUUCGAUCAUUGGUAUCCAUUUUGCGUUAUUUUCUUCUAACGUACGGUAUAUACUAGUAUUUGCUAAAUGUGCAUCUUCUUAAUAUGAGUUAAAGUAGUUAAACAAACCGGAAACUGAAGUGUAUGAUAAAGAUAUUGUUAUUGUUAACUGGUGAAUAUUCAUUGUAUGGUGCUUCCGGGUUGUUUUCUUUGUUUAACAAAAUAGUUAGGAAUAAAAGCAUUUAGCAGUA